UCAGCUGACUUGAAUACAACCGACCGAAUUAGCAACCAAGUUUAUUGCACCUCUGCGCUUGUAAGCACAAGCGACAAAGGCUACACGGUCAGUCAUUGUGUCGACCUGCUUGUCAGGACUGACGCAGCGAUUCAAACACUUCCCAGCUCAUUCCCCGUCUCGUACAUCAUUCUGCCCUUCAUCUUCUCCUCUUCGAGGAGAUACGUAAGGUCUUCACCGUGGCGGUCCAGGAACCAGUCCUACCGUGCUCUCCGCUGGGCUUCGCGCUAUUCCACCAAUCUCUCGGUGCUUCUCGUCUUCGUCAACUACUGACGCCGACCAGUCAACGGGGGUCCGAUUUCUGCGACCGCUGGAAGGACAACCCACGGGCGAGCGAGGAACAACCAUCAGAGGCCAUCGCGAGUGACGGGAGUCCAUGUGAUGGUCCUAUUGACCACAAGCAAGAAGGGGAACGGUUCCUGAUGUCGCAGCGGGAGCAUGUUACCCACACCGCCUCGUCGCAAGUGCCCAGAUCGCCACCGGCUGCUCUCGACGACACAUCUCCCACCUCGCAUCAUGGGCCUCGUGGAGAACGGCCACACGAGGCUGCCGAAGAGCAGUUUAGCAGACCUCGUCUGAGCUCGUCCGUGAGCGAGAUCGACCGACACGCACAAGCUCGACAGUCAACUGUCUUCAACAUUUUGAACCCGGCAGCCUCUCAGGCCGGUGCGGACCCAGGCGCCUCCCAAGACGGUCCGGUUGGAGUGCGCCAUGGCAGUCAAGCUCAGCAGGCUGACCGUGCGAGAUUGAGUUUGUCCCCUCCUCAGCCAGUAGGGUUCCCGGAGGGCGCGAUACCACAACUUCAUCACCAUCACCACCAUCAUCACCACCGGCAGCCAAUGUCGGGUCGAUCUGUCUCAACGAGCAACGUGACUGAUCGCAGCCCUCCUGCGGGGGCCUACUCUGGCUUGUCUUCCGAAGCUUCGCGCAGAAUCUUGACACCACGCUCACCUCGAAGUCUGAGCACAAGUCACUCGGCGUCUAUUCGGCCGCUUGGUCAGACCCUUGGCCAGCUGCCAACGUCAGCGACCGGCCGGCGUCUGCAGGAUGAAGCAACAGCAGUCGGACGGUUCGAGAGCAGCCAACGUGUGGAUAUCCGCGCACCCGGCUCACUGGGCCCAUUAGGUGGUAGACCUUCCCCCUCCGACAGUUUCGCAACGCCGGCUCGUCCACAAUCACAGCCGAUGGUCCCACCAGUGGCUGGUUCGCAGACAGAACUGUCACGCCAGCCGCAAGGGCCGACGCGAUUCGGGCUCUCAGCGACGCCGACGCCACCCUCGUUCGGCGGCCCGACCUUUACCUCGUAUAGUCCUAGCAUCGAGCAGGGCUGGGCGAUGAACACGAGUGGCCCGGGCCCUUCACGACCUUCAGUACUGACUGGUACACACCCUGGGGACAGCCAGUUGUCAUUUGCCAUCAAUCCCGUGGGCGGGGAGCGUAUGGUUAUUCCCGUCGAAACGUAUUCGGGCUCGAGACAGGCCGAUGAGAAGCGGCAGCGAAAUGCGGGAGCGUCCGCUCGUUUCCGGAAGCGGAAGAAGACAAAAGAAGAGGCGAACGUGCUCAACAUACAGCGCCUGGAGAAGGACGUGCGGGAUCUGGAGCAUCGGGUCCAGGAGAUGCAAGCAGAGAGCGACCGACUACGAGCUGAUCGAGAUCGGCUCCGUGAUCUGGUUCACAGGACCCCAGAGAUCAGCUACAUGGCAUUUCACGGCCCACAGAGUCCGGCAUCGUCCAGAUCUGCGUUGCAAAUCCCGGGCAGGAGUCCGUUGGCUGUCCUGGCAUCGCCGUCACUGCCAGCGGGCGCACCAUACGGCGCCGCCGAUCCGCUGACUGGAGAGCGGGCAAGCCGACGACGGCGCACCGAACCUUCUUCGGAAACCACGAUGACUCCGUACAGCGUGGGCCAGCCUGUCCUGCCCGCGCUGACUUCGCCGUCUUAUCAGAGCUCUCACCCCGGCACGCCUCUUUCCAUAACCCGGCCUCCGUCGCUACCUCCGCUGUCGGGCCUCACCCCACCCCCUUCGUCUGGACCAUCGAGCUUUGAGCCCGGGCCUCCAACGUCUGCCCCCUUUCAACCUGCCACCUACCGCAGGGAAGCUUACGAGACUGGCUGGGCCGUCGGCUCGUCAGAAAGUCGCACCAAACCCGAGAACAGGAGACCAUAAGAGUUUUCCCCAGUCAUCGACAGUAACUACAACAUAAACCCUCUGUACGCCUGGCGCGUCGAUCGCGGACACCCUACACAUUGUAAUGCUGCUUUGAGCAUGCUGGUCAUCGCUUCGGCUACCCUCGCUGGCAUCUAGCGCACGCGCACACACACACACAAACACGCACCAAGUCUUUGCCUUUGCACUAUAGCUGGGCUUAUACGAUAAUACGCAGAUCCAGCCUCCCGAUUCUCUGUACUCAUAACCGCACUUCGAUUUCAUGUCAGUCUCGUAUGGAAACAAGGGGUCAAAUAAAAGGACAUUUAGAAGGAGUCACUGAAUUUUUACCCCGUGCUGCAUUCUCGGCGCAACCCGAUCGUCACACAGAUUUGUUUCUUCUCUUUGUUUUAUCGACAGC